CUUUAAAAAAUGUUUUUGCCCUUUGUGCCAUUUAGAGCAAGUGCUGCUAGAAGAGAACAAAAUAAGAAAGAACGCCGUCGAAGUGCUGGAAGUCUUUCUGUUGCAGCAGCACAGCGAAGAAGAAGAAAGCGGAUAAUGACUAGAGCGACAUGGACUGCAAGUAGUAAUGCUGAAGGAAGUACAUCUACAAGAUUGUUAAGUAUGUUUUAG